CCAUCUCUGAAACCCCUCUCAGGGAACGCCUUGGUUGGUGUCCUGAUUCAGAGGAAGCGAUCCACAACUAAUGAGCUGACAACCCGUAGGGUUAGUCCUCGGUUUCAAAUGAAAAUUGGGGAGGUCAUCCACCACUAUGAAGAUAGUGACCUUCUCAUCGUCCAAUACCGAGACGGCUCGCGGGAGGUUCUCACUGAGCACGAGGUGAAGGAGUUCGCACUCCCUGGUAACGCCUACGUGAUGAUGGGGUAUGACAAGCCCUCGCUCCGCACAAAACGAGGGAGCUCGUCGUCUACCGAAGCAUCUGGCAAGCCGUCUGACGAGUCCCCAUCUAAAGCAGUGAUCGCUACCCCAGGGAAUCCGAGGGUCGAUAGCAAAGAUAGAACACCACCCAACGUGGCGAUGACUCCCAAGCCCUUGACGAGCUCAGCAACUGCGAGAGCAUCUAGGCCGUCUAAGAAAAGAAAAACUUCAAGUCUCCCAACAGCACUUCUGGAGACGCCGGCUCGUAAGUCGUCUCCCUCGUCCUCUACGGGUCGUUCGGCAAGUCCACCGAUCUUCUCGCCUGACUACAGCGGUUCGCCUGGGACGGACAUGCAUGCUAAUGACGAAGUGCAGAUUCUCUCGCCUGCCGACGAUGCAGAAAUCGUCACACUGGAGGACGGCGAUCCCGCGUUGUCUCGCGCAGGUGCCUUGAAUUGUUACUACAAUCCUCUGUUUGUGAAGCACAUAGGUGUUGGUCCAGACACGGCUGGUCAAUGGCUGAGGCACUCUAUCUUGGCCUUGCGUCCCUCGAUAAAUACUGGUCGUGUGAGACUCAUCACCAAACCGUCCGCUAGGGUCUCAAUCAAGGACAUUGCUGCCGUUGGUGUGCACUCUGAAGCAUACCUGCAAGGCCUUGGUGCUGUUGACAAAUGGCUCAAGGGGAAGUCUCAUGAGCUGAAGAGAGAAGUCGUCCUCGACCUUUGUAGCGAUGCUUGUCGAGACAUAAUGAAGCAGGCCACUGGCCGGAAAUUGGGGCUUGCCCUCAGUCCCCGUGAGUGCAUCAUGGACCGCCACACUCUGGACGUCGGUCUCCUCUCAUGCGGUAUGAUGAGAGACGCUCUUAUCGAACUUCUCGGAAGACGUGACUGUUAUGAUGGUGGUCGGUCAGAGCGUGCGCCGAAGUCGACACUUGUGCUCACCAGGACAACCGGUCAUCAAGUUCCCGUCUUCCUGGGGCCUGAGGACGAGCGGGUUAUCUCUGAACACCUACGUUGUGAGUCGUGUGACCGAUCAACAGAUGAGAGCAAGAUGCUCGUGUGUGACAAUGAUGCAUGUCAGAGAGGCUAUCAUAUUGGGUGCCUUUCUCCCCCUCUAUCAUCGGAUGUUCUGAAGGACCCCAAUUUCAGUGAGCAGCAGUGGUUUUGCCCUCACUGUGAAGGAAACAUAUUGCACGCUGACGAGGAGGAGUCGGACAGUGAGAGUGAGGCCGAAAAUGAGCUACUUGCUUUGGACCUCGAUCUCAACAAGCACGGUGGUCCAAUGAACGUGAAGCCAGGGGACGAGGUCGCCUGUGGUGGACAUUUCAUCAACUCGGUUGCUUUUGCGAUCAAGAGCGUUCGUGCAUCCCGUAGGGUAUCAAGGGUCGCGAUCCUAGACUUUGGUCUGUACCACGGCUGUGGCAACGAAUGGUUGUUUUACCGAGAUCCGAGUGUACUUACUAUGUCCCUCCAUCGUUAUGGUAGAAAUAGACGGGGAGAGACUAUACUACCCGGUACGGGCUCCCACAAGAGACUCGGCGAGAAGUGUGCUCUCGGCAAGAAUAUCAAUUUGGAGGUUCCCGCAGGCUGGGGUGAUUUUGAGUACGUUUCCAGUGUCCGCGAGAUUUUGAUUCCAAUUCUGCAGCAAUAUCGACCAGAAGCGAUAGUUUUGGUGACAACCUUUGAUACGUUGGAUUCCAGCAAUACUCAGCGUUGCUAUUUGAGCAGAGAUGCUGAUUUGAAGCUCACGCCUGGUUUUUUCGAGUGGCUCCCAUGGGCAAUUAGAACUUCCUUGCCGGAAGCAUCAGUCCUGGCCUCAGUGGAGGGUGGAUAUGAUCCCUUGCGGAUGGGUGAAGUUAUGAGGUGUUUCUCGGCUGGUCUUGCGGGACCCACGGGGGGCAAAGGAGCACCCGUCGAGUUCGAGAAAGCGACCGAGGAAGCCCAAACUACUAGAGCCGAUUGGGAGGCUCAUGUGUCCCCUCAAGUACGGUUAUAUCGCUCAGCUGGAUGGAAACUGGAGAGUCCAUCUGCCAGCGGCGAAGGACGGAAUUGACUUUCGUUCUCUUGCCUUCGAUAGCCUAGCAGUGAAGUAGAUAUAUGGGACAGUGCUCAUAAGGCACCGUCUCCCUCUUUACCAUUAUAUAAUAUUUUCCCGACGGAUUUCACCCGUCAUCAGACGUUACUUCUAAAUCAAAUGCCUAACCUCUUGCCUUCAUCAUCAACACACUGUCGACAAUCUCUGUACUGUCUGACGUAUAAUAUUUUGUUCAAUACCAGCA